AUGUCCUCAGCCACCAGCCCCCCUCACGUCUUUGGCCACCAGCUCCCUCACGUCCCUCGGCCACCAGCCCACUCAAGUCCUUGGCCACCAGCCCACUCAAGUCCACGGCCACCAGCCCCCUCACGUCCUCAGCCACCAGCCCCCUCACGUCCUCGGCUACCAGCCCCCUCUAGUCCUCGGCCACCAGCCCCCUCACGUCUUCGGCCAUUAGCCCCCUCACGUCCUCAGCCACCAGCCCCCACAUGUCCUUGGCCACCAGCACCCUCACGUCCUCGGCCACCAGCCCGCUCACGUCCUCGACCACCAGCUCAUCAACUCCUCGGCCACCAGCCCCAUCAAGUCCUUGGCCACCAGCCCCCUCAAGUCCUCGGCCACCAGCCCCCUCAAGUCCUUGGCCACCAGCCCCCUCAAGUCCUCGGCCAUCAGCCCCCUCACGUCCUCGGCCACCAGCCCCCUCACGUCCACGGCCUACCAGCCCCCUCAAGUCCUCGGCCACCAGCCCCCUCAUGUCUUCGGCCACCAGCCCCCUCACGUCCUCGGCCACCAGCCCCCUCACGCCCCCCUCAAGCUUGGCCACCAGCUCCCGCACGUCCUCGGCCACCAGCCCCCUCACGUCCUCAGCCCCCUCACGUCCUUAGCCACCAGCCCCCUCACGUCUUUGGCCACCAGCUCCCUCACGUCCUCGGCCACCAGCCCACUCAAGUCCUUGGCCACCAGCCCCCUCAAGUCCACGGCCACCAGCCCCCUCACGUCCUCAGCCACCAGCCCCUCACGUCCUCGGCUACCAGCCCCCUCAAGUCCUCAGCCACCAGCCCCCCUCACGUCUUCGGCCACCAGCUCCCUCACGUCCUCAGCCACCAGCCCCCUCACGUAUUUGGCCACCAGCUCCCUCACGUCCUCGGCCACCAGCCCCCUCAAGUCCUCGACCAUCAUCCCCCUCAAGUCCUCGGCCACCAGCUCCCUCACGUCCUCGGCCAUCAUCCCCCUCACGUCCUCGGCAAUCAGCCCCCUCACGUCCUUAGCCACCAGCCCCCUCACGUCUUUGGCCACCAGCUCCCUCACGUCUUCGGCCACCAGCCCACUCAAGUCCUUGGCCACCAGCCCCCUCAAGUCCACGGCCACCAGCCCCCUCACGUCCUCAGCCACCAGCCCCUCACGUCCUCGGCUACCAGCCCCCUCAAGUCCUCGGCCACCAGCCCCCUCACGUCUUCGGCCAUUAGCCCCCUCACGUCCUCAGCCACCAGCCCCCUCAAGUCCUCGACCAUCAUCCCCCUCAAGUCCUCGGCCACCAGCUACUUCACGACCUCGGCCACCAGCCCCCACACGUCCUCAGCGACCAGCCCCCUCACGUCCUCAGCCACCAGCCCCAUCACGUCCUCGGCCACCAGCCCCCUCACGUCCUCGGCCACCAGCUCCCUCACGUCCUCGGCCACCAGCCCCCACGUCCUCGGCAAUCAGCCCCCACGUCCUCGGCCAACAGCUCCAUCACGUCCUCUGCAACCAGCCCCCUCACGUCCUCGGCCACCAGCCCCCCUCAAGCUUGGACACCAGCCUCCUCACGACCUCGGCCACCAGCUCCCUCACGACCUCGGCCACCAGCCACUAGCUCCCUCACCGCUCCUCGGCCACCAGCUCUCUCACGUCUCCGACCACCAGCUCAUCAACUCCUCGGCCACCAGCCCCCUCAAGUCCUUGGCCACCAGCCCCCUCAAGUCCUUGGCCACCAGCCCGCUCAAGUCCUCGGCCACCAGCCCCCUCACGUCCUCGGCCAACAGAUCCAUCACGUCCUCAGCCACCAGCCCCCUCACGUCCUCGGCCACCAGCCCCCUCACGUCCUCAGCCACCAGCCCCAUCACGUUACUCGCCCACCCAGCUCCCUCACGUCGUCGGCCACCAGCCCCCUCAAGUCCUCGGCCAUCAUCCCCCUCACGUCCUCGGCAAUCAGCCCCCUCACGUCCUCAGCCACCAGCCCCCACGUCCUCGGCCACCAGCCCCCUCACGUCCUCGGCCACCAGCUCCCUCACGUCCUCGGCAACCAGCCCCCUCACGUCCUCGGCCACCAGCUCCCUCACGUCCUCGGCCACCAGCCCCCACGUCCUCGGCCAUCAGCCCCCUCACCCACCAGCCCCCCUCACGUCUUUGGCCACCAGCUCCCUCACGUCCUCGGCCACCAGCCCACUCAAGUCCUUGGCCACCAGCCCCCUCAAGUCCACGGCCACCAGCCCCCUCACGUCCUCAGCCACCAGCCCCCUCACGUCCUCGGCUACCAGCCCCCUCAAGUCCUCGGCCACCAGCCCCCUCACGUCUUCGGCCAUUAGCCCCCUCACGUCCUCGGCCACCAGCCCCCUCACGUCCUCAGCCACCAGCCCCAUCACGUUCUCGCCCACCAGCUCCCUCACGUCGUCGGCCACCAGCCCCCUCAAGUCCUCGGCCAUCAUCCCCCUCACGUCCUCGGCAAUCAGCCCCCUCACGUCCUCAGCCACCAGCCCCCACGUCCUCGGCCACCAGCCCCCUCACGUCCUCGGCCACCAGCUCCCUCAUGUCCUCGGCAACCAGCCCCCUCACGUCCUCGGCCACCAGCUCCCUCACCCCCCUCACGUCCUCAGCCACCAGCCCCCACAUGUCCUUGGCCACCAGCACCCUCACGUCCUCGGCCACCAGCCCGCUCACGUCCUCGACCACCAGCUCAUCAACUCCUCGGCCACCAGCCCCAUCAAGUCCUUGGCCACCAGCCCCCUCAAGUCCUCGGCCACCAGCCCCCUCAAGUCCUUGGCCACCAGCCCCCUCAAGUCCUCGGCCAUCAGCCCCCUCACGUCCUCGGCCACCAGCCCCCUCACGUCCACGGCUACCAGCCCCCUCAAGUCCUCGGCCACCAGCUCCCUCACGUCCUCGGCCACCAGCCCCCACGUCCUCGGCAAUCAGCCCCCCACGUCCUCGGCCAACAGCUCCAUCACGUCCUCUGCAACCAACCCCCUCACGUCCUCGGCCACCAGCCCCCCUCAAGCUUGGACACCAGCCUCCUCACGACCUCGGCCACCAGCUCCCUCACGACCUCGGCCACCAGCCACUAGCUCCCUCACGUCCUCGGCCACCAGCUCUUCUCACGUCCUCGACCACCAGCUCAUCAACUCCUCGGCCACCAGCCCCCUCAAGUCCUUGGCCACCAGCCCCCUCAAGUCCUUGGCCACCAGCCCCGCUCAAGUCCUCGGCCACCAGCCCCCUCACGUCCUCGGCCAACAGAUCCAUCACGUCCUCAGCCACCAGCCCCCUCACGUCCUCGGCCACCAGCCCCCUCACGUCCUCAGCCACCAGCCCCAUCACGUUCUCGCCCACCAGCUCCCUCACGUCGUCGGCCACCAGCCCCCUCAAGUCCUCGGCCAUCAUCCCCCUCACGUCCUCGGCAAUCAGCUCCCGCACGUCCUCGGCCACCAGCCCCCUCACGUCCUCGGCCACCAGCUCCAUCACGUCCUCUGCAACCAGCCCCCUCACAUGCCGGCCACCAGCCCCCCUCAAGCUUGGCCACCAGCCCCCUCACGACCUCGGCCACCAGCUCCCUCACGACCUCGGCCACCAGCCACCAGCUCCCUCACGUCCUCGGCCACCAGCUCUUCUCACGUCCUCGACCACCAGCUCAUCAACUCCUCGGCCACCAGCCCCAUCAAGUCCUUGGCCACCAGCCCCCUCAAGUCCUUUGCCACCAGCCCCCUCAAGUCCUUGGCCACCAGCCCACUCAAGUCCUUGGCCACCAGCCCCCUCAAGUCCUCGGCCAUCAGCCCCCUCACUUCCUCGGCCAACAGAUCCAUCACGUCCUCUGCAACCAGCCCCCUCACGUCUUCGGCCACCAGCUCCCUCACGUCCUCGGCAACCAGCCCCCUCACGUCCUCUGCCACCAGCUCCCUCACGUCCUCGGCCACCAGCCCCCACGUCCUCGGCCAUCAGCCCCAUCACGUCCUCGGCCAACAGCUCCAUCACGUCCUCUGCAACCAGCCCCCUCACGUCCUCGGCCACCAGCCCCCCUCAAGUUUGGCCACCAGCCCCCUCACGACCUCGGCCACCAGCUCCCUCACGACCUCGGCCACCAGCCACCAGCUCCCUCACGACCUCGGCCACCAGCUCUUCUCACGUCCUCGACCACCAGCCCCUCAAGUCCUCGGCCACCAGCCCCCCUCAAGUCCUUUGCCACCAGCCCCCUCAAGUCCUUGGCCACCAGCCCCCUCAAGUCCUUGGCCACCAGCCCACUCAAGUCCUUGGCCACCAGCCCCCUCAAAACCUCGGCCAUCAGCCCCCUCACGUCAUCGGCCACCAUCCCCCUCACGUCCACGGCUACCAGCCCCCUCAAGUCCUCGGCCACCAGCCCCCUCAAGUCUUCGGCCACCAGCUCCCUCACGUCCUCGGCCACCAGCCCCCUCACGUCCUCGGCCACCAGCUCCCUCACGUCCUCGGCCACCAGCCCCAUCACGUCCUCGGCCACCAGCCCCCCUCAAGCUUGGCCACCAGCUCCUGCACGUCCUCGGCCACCAGCCCGCUCACGUCCUCGGCCACCAGCCCCCUAACGUCCUCGGCCACCAGCCCCCCUCAAGCUUGGCCACCAGCUCCCUCACGACCUCGGCCACCAGCUCCCUCACGACCUCGGCCACCAGCUCUUCUCACGUCCUCGACCACCAGCUCAUCAACUCCUCGGCCACCAGCCCCCUCAAGUCCUCGGCCACCAGCCCCCUCAAGUCCUUGGCCACCAGCCCCCUCAAGUCCUUGGCCACCAGCUCUUCUCACGUCCUCGACCACCAGCUCAUCAACUCCUCGGCCACCAGCCCCCUCAAGUCCUCGGCCACCAGCCCCCUCAAGUCCUUGGCCACCAGCCCCCUUAAGUCCUCGGCCGUCAGCCCCCUCAAGUCCUCGGCCUUCAGCCCCCUCACUUCCUCGGCCAACAGAUCCAUCACGUCCUCUGCAACCAGCCCCCUCCCGUCCUCGGCCACCAGCUCCCUCACGUCCUCGGCAACCAGCCCCCUCACGUCCUCGGCCACCAGCUCCCUCACGUCCUCGGCCACCAGCCCCACGUCCUCGGCCAUCAGCCCCCUCACGUCCUCGGCAAACAGCUCCAUCACGUCCUCUGCAACCAGCCCCCUCACGUCCUCGGCCACCAGCCCCCCUCAAGCUUGGCCACCAGCCCCCUCACGACCUCGGCCACCAGCUCCCUCACGACCUCGGCCAUCAGCCACCAGCUCCCUCACGUCCUCGGCCACCAGCUCCCCUCAAGUCCUUGGCCACCAGCUCAUCAACUCUUCGGCCACCAGCCCCAUCAAGUCCUUGGCCACCAGCCCCCUCAAGUCCUUGGCCUCCAGCCCCCUCAAGUCCUUGGCCACCAGCCCACUCAAGUCCACGGCUACCAGCCCCCUCAAGUCCUCGGCCACCAGCCCCCUCAAGUCUUCGGCCACUAGCCCCCUCACGUCCUCGGCCACCAGCCCCCUCACGUCCUCGGCCACCAGCCCCCUCACGUCCUCGGCCACCAGCCCCCUCACGUCCUCGGCCACCAGCUCCCGCACGUCCUCGGCCACCAGCCCGCUCACGUCCUCAGGCACCAGCCCCCUAAGGUCCUCGGCCACCAGCCCCCCUCAAGCUUGGCCACCAGCUCCCUCACGACCUCGGCCACCAGCUCCCUCACGACCUCGGCCACCAGCUCUUCUCACGUCCUCGACCACCAGCUCAUCCACUCCUCGGCCACCAGCCCCCUCAAGUCCUCGGCCACCAGCCCCCUCAAGUCCUUUGCCACCAGCCCCCUCAAGUCCUUGGCCACCAGCCCCCUCAAGUCCUUGGCCACCAGCCCCCUUAAUUCCUCGGCCGUCAGCCCCUUCACGUCCUCGGCCACCAGCCCCCUCACGUCCUCGGCUACCAGCCCCCUCAAGUCCUUUGCCACCAGCCCCCUCAAGCUCUUGGCCACCAGCCCCCUCAAGUCCUUUGGCCACCAGCCCCCUCAAGUCCUCGGCCAUCAGCCCCCUCACUUCCUCGGCCAACAGCUCCAUCACGUCCUCUGCAACCAGCCCCCUCACGUCCUCGGCCACCAGCCCCCCUCAAGCUUGGCCACCAGCCCCCUCACGACCUCGGCCACCAGCUCCAUCACGACUUCGGCCACCAGCCACCAGCUCCCUCACGUCCUCGGCCACCAGCUCUUCCCACGUCCUCGACCACCAGCUCAUCAACUCCUCGGCCACCAGCCCCCUCAAGUCCUUGGCCUCAAGCCCCCUCAAGUCAUUGGCCACCAGCCCACUCAAGUCCUUGGCCACCAGCCCCCUCAAGUCCUCGGCCAUCAGCCCCCUCACGUCCUCGGCCACCAGCCCCCUCACGUCCACGGCUACCAGCCCCCUCAAGUCCUCGGCCACCAGCCCCCUCAAGUCUUCGGCCACUAGCCCCCUCACGUCCUCGGCCACCAGCCCCCUCACCUCCUCGGCCACCAGCCCCAUCACGUCCUCGGCCACCAGCCCCCCUCAAGCUUGGCCACCAGCUCCCGCACGUCCUCGGCCACCAGCCCGCUCACGUCCUCAGGCACCAGCCCCCUAA